UAUUUGUUGUUUUUUGCUAGGAUCCAUAUGCGCCACGAAGAUGGGAACACCCAAUGAAGGUUCCUGUGAAGGUUCCUACUUGUCUUGCAUCACAUCUGAAAGUGAUUAAAAUCAAAGAAUAUUUUGAAUCCAGAGAUGAUAGAGAUUUUUUCACCUAUGUUCUUCAACAUGGACUUGUUUUGGAGUCACUUGAUAUUCAGGUGGAUCGUGGGAGAGCUAAAGGAUUUGCAGAAGAAUUAUCCCUUUUGCCAAGGAGUUCUAAGGCGUGCCAAAUUAACUUUUGCUGGAAUCAGGAAAAGGAGGAGAAGGAGGCGUCACCACAAGAAUCACAGCAAUGGCAACAUCUUCGAACACUACAAGAAAAAGCACUAUUGGAACUGUUUAAAAAAAAUAGAAAUUUGUAACAAAAUAUUCUUAAGUACGGACCGAAUUUUGAGACCGCCCAAAUAUUAAACAUCUUAAGUAAUAUUAUAGUUUGCGAUUAAA